AUGAAUGACGAGUAGCUAUUCAAAUAAAAUGGAAGAAGCAACAAUGCCUACAAAAGUAAAGGUGGAUAAUAAGAUUAAACCGAUUAAAUUGAUGUUUUAACUGAUAAGUCUAAAAGAUAGCAAAUGAAGAAUGCUUUUGAAUCACAAGAUAAUGAGCUUAAAGCGAGAUUAUAAAGACUAGCUCCUAGAGCCCCUAAAGUUGAGUUAACAGUUGUGAGUUCUGCAACUCUCUAAAAGGGAAUGCUUAUUAAUGUGGAUGCAACCGGACUAAUAAGUCAAGAAUCUAAAAGAGGUGUUAUUGAUGGUAUUGUGUAUUUCGGUAGGAAAAAGAGUAUAAAAAAGGGCACUCAUGAUCCUAAUGCAGAGACUACAACAAAACCAAAAUAAGUGGUGAAUGAUUUUGUGAUUCCUAGUAAAAAUGCCUAGACUGCUGAACAGUAACGAGGAAGACACUUCCAACUUAGAUUCGAUGCUGAUGCUCUAAAGUAUUUUAUUAAGGAUCUAGGAAUCGGGCAUGGUGUGUUCGUCAAAUAAGAAGAACCAACUAUUCUAAAAGACAACAUGAUCAUUAAUGUGGGAGAGGCUCACAUUGUUGUGAAUCUAUUAAAAGACUAAGGUGAUGAGUAUGAUAGCUACUAGGCGCCAAAUGAACAAGCCAGACUGAAGCUAAAGAUUUUCGGUGGUCCUUCCUCAGGUGAAAUAUUAACACCAAACUGUGACAUUCGCAUAGACGACAAACUUCUUUCCAAAUCUUAAGCACAUAUAAAAUGCCACGAGGGUCAGUGGAUCUUAUUUGAUGGCUAUAAUGACAAACCUAGUACGAACGGUACAUGGCUAUAUCUGAAUGAAGACUUUGAAAUGUAUGACGGCAUGGUUUUCAAAGCUAACCAAACAAUAUUUAAUGUUAAAAUUUUAGUUUGA